CAUCACACGACUGUACAGCGCAGCGCGCACUGCACUGCACUGCACUUCACGCAGGAGCACCGCAGCAAUGGGAGGCGCCGUGCAAUUCACCGGUCUCAUCGGCGUCGCGUCGCCGCCUCUCGCCCCUUCGUACUGCAGCAUCAGCGGCAAGAAGCAGAGCUGCUCCCUCCGUCCGCAGCGGCAGCAGAGGAGGCGCCUCCGCGUCCGCGCCGUCGAGAUGGGUGCCCCCGGCGGCGAGCCUUCCGCCAGCGCGCCCGAGGAGGAGGAGCCGUCCGUCGACUUCGCGUUCGUCAGCCCGCGGUUGCUGCCGGACGGGACGCCGGACGUGCACUACCGGACGGCGCGCGGCGGGCAGAAGCUCAGGGACAUCAUGCUCGAGGGAUACAUCGACCUCUACGGGCCCUAUGAUAAGCUCCUGCUCAACUGUUCAGGAGGCGGUGUGUGCGGCACUUGCAUCGUCGAGGUGGUUGCAGGCAAGGAAAUGCUUUCUCCAAAAACUGAAGUAGAAAAGGAGUUGCUCAAAAGGAAACCCAAGACGUGGAGAUUAGCGUGCCAGGCUACGGUGGGCAGCCCGGAUUCUACUGGACAAAUGAUCAUUCAGCAACUGCCGGAGUGGAAGAUACAUGAGUGGGACAAGUAAUUGGUCUCUUAGUACAACCUGUGGCCAAUAGAGUAGAUGUCAUGACUCAUGAACAUGGGAAAAGAGAACCACUUGAUGACAAGAAGAUCCUGUGAAGAUUGAUCGUGCUUUCCACACAGCACACAAAAAUCUUGAGCAUUUUGUCUAAUGUAGCAACCAAAUGGAGCAUGGGUGCGAUUAGCCCCGGUCUGUAAAUUGUUCCCAUAUUCAAAAAGUAACGGCGACAUGCCCAUGAUCUUAGUAAGAAAAAACUGCAUUUUAUUCGAGAAAAGAA